UCUCGCCUCGCUCACGGACGAACUCACGAACAGAAACCAAUCCACGAUUCACGAAUCGAAAUCGCAAUCGGCCUUGACUCAAUCGGCUAUCGCUCUCGCUCUCGUUCUCUGCCUCUCUCGGGUCUCGACUAUCGACCGGCUCUUGCUCUCGCAUCUUGUGGCUUGUGAGCCUAGGUACGGGAAAAGAGGUAGAGGAAAGUAAUUUGCUGCAGAAACUAUCAGAAGCUUGCAUUGUUGAUUUCUMUUAGAUUGACUCUUCAACUACACAACCCUUUUUGUUGUAGUGUCCCUCCGGAAUCAUCCACAAUCGAACCAUGGGAAGUGAAGGUUCCGAUAUGGUUGUGACGAGAAAACCAAGGAUCCUUUGCCUCCAUGGAUUUCGAACCAGCGGCGAAAUCUUCAGAAUUCAAUCGAAGAAAUGGCCGGAAUCGGUACUUGAAAAAGUCGAGUUGUUCUUCCCCGAUGCACCGUUUCCUUGUAAUGGAAAAUCCGAAGUCGAAGGGAUUUUCGAUCCGCCUUWCUACGAAUGGUUCCAAUUCAGCAAGGAGUUUACGGAGUAUGAGAAUUUCGAUAAAUGUCUUGAAUAUAUUGAAGAAUGUAUGAUUAAGUAUGCACCAAUCGAUGGAUUGCUUGGAUUCUCACAGGGUGCAAUUUUGGCAGCUGCAUUGCCAGGACUGCAAGCUAAGGGAUUUGCAUUGACGAAGGUACCAACGAUAGAAUUUAUAAUGAUAGUAUCAGGAGCAAAGUUAAAAAACGAAUCCUUGGCUGAGAAGGCAUAUUCGGUUCCCAUCCAAUGUCCCUCUCUCCAUUUUUUAGGAGAUGCAGACUUCUUGAAGCCACAUGGGAUUGAACUGUUGAAAUCAGUUGAAGAUGGUGUAAUCAUUCAUCAUCCUAAAGGCCAUACAAUUCCAAGACUUGAUGAAAAAGGGUUGGAGAUUAUGAUGAAAUUUCUUGAUAGGAUUCAAAAGAUUGUUUCCAACAAGGAAGAUGUAGUCACAGUUGGUUGAAAUUUCUCUCGUAAUUGUUGCAUUUAAAAAGAUGAACCCAGAAAAAAGAUAUCGACGACUGGUGCAUAAAUUUUCAAUGCUAGUUUUCUAGUUUACAAUCUUGUGAACCAUAUGCUUCCGCUACAUCUAAAUAACUGUUGCCUGUUGGAGGAAAUUUAUAGUC